AUUCAAAAGAUGAGAUUCGCUGCAGGAAGGCGAGGAACCAAAUCAGUCAAUGGCGCACGCCAAUGCAGGAGGUCAUCUGCAGGUGCCCAACGUGCAGGCACUCGCUCAGACUUGGAACGGAUCAGGCGAGCAGGUGCCAGCACGGUACGUCAGGACGGAGGAGGCCGGCGCCGAGGUGGUCGUCGCCGCCGGCGCCGGCUGCGCGCUCCCGGUCGUCGAUCUCGGCAGGCUGCUCGACCCACGGUCGUCGGAAGAGGAGCUCGCAAACCUCGGCUCUGCCUGCCAGCAGGGUUUCUUUCAGCUCAUCAACCAUGGAGUUGCGGACGAGGUGAUCCAGGACGUGAAGAGGGACAUAGCCGAGUUCUUCAAGCUGCCGCUCGAGGCCAGGAAGGUGCACGCGCAGCUGCCGGACGGCCUCGAGGGGUACGGCCAGGUCUUCGUCUUCUCCGAGACCCAGAAGCUGGACUGGUCGGACAUGCUCUACCUCAUGCUCCGCCCCGUCGAGUCGCGCGACAUGCGGUUCUGGCCCGUCCAGCCUCCGUCUUUCAGGAGCUCCGUGGAUCGGUACUCGGCGGAGGCAGCGAAGGUGGUGUCGUGCUUGCUCCGGUUCAUGGCCGUGGACAUGGGCGUGGAGCCGGAGCGCCUCCUGGAGCUGUUCGGCGGCCAGCCGCAGACCAUGAAGGUGACGUACUACCCGCCGUGCCGGCAGGCUGGCCAGGUGAUCGGCCUGUCGCCGCACACGGACGCCUGCGCCAUGACGCUGCUGCUCCACGUCAACGACGUGCAGGGCCUGCAGAUCCGGAGAGGCGACGGCAAGUGGCUCGCCGUUGAGCCUCUCGACGGCGCACUCACUGUCUUCGUCGGUGACGUAAUCGAGAUCCUAAGCAACGGCAAGUACAGAAGCGUUGAGCACCGAGCCGUGGUGCACCCGGACAAAGAGCGCAUCGCGGCGGCGAUGUUCCACCAGCCGCUGCACAGCAUAAUGGUUGAACCUCUGCCGGAGCUCGUGAAGAAAGAGGACGGCGGAGCUCGGUACAAAUCUGUGGGGUACGCGGAAUUCAUGAGGCAUUUCUUCGCUGCGAAGCUCGACGGACGAAAGAGCCACCUCGACCACUUCAGGAUUUAUUAGUCGACUCCCAUCCUCCAAGCAGGCAAAUAAAAUGUCGAACAGCCGAACAGAUAUGAUCAGACAACAAUGUGUUAGAAUAAUCUGGUCUUUGUAAUAGAUAUGUUCGGAGCAGAUUGUAUCAUACUCGAUUUGUUAAGCUCUUAAAUAUAGACAUAGAAUAAUUUUGUACAAGCCAAACCGAAUCUGUAACUGAUACCGUAUCUUUGUAAAACUCUUGGCAAUUGCCAUAUAUAAAUAUGCACCCGUGGCUAGCCAAGAUAGAUAACCACGUUUCCUUCAA